AAAGUCCUCUCACAAAAAGAGAUUUUGUUAAAUUUGAUCAAAGGUGGCGGUUCACAUGCACCUUUGACUUGUUUGGACGCCGUUACUGGAUCUAGGGAUUUAUUAAGGAGCAAAUUAGUGGAGCCUGAACCCCCCUAUGAGGUUUAUGCUCCACUAAUCGUGGAUAAUAAGUGUGCUCUGAACAUACCAAAAGAAGAGAGAGAGGAAACCAACAUCAGUCAGCUGGAUAUCACUUCGGAGGACUCCAGCUCCGACACCUCAGACUACUGUGGGGAGGCUGAUGAAGAUGACGAGGAGGUGGACAUUGAGACGGUAGAAGAAGCAGGACAAGGAAAGGCCAUCGCUGAAAUGAAACAAGCUGUCCGCAAAGCACUUGAGGAGUCAGGAGAUUCCAUGAAUAAUUUUGGCCUACCGGUGAAAGCCCCUGCUCAGGAUAAAGCAAAGGAGAAAGAAGAACAUGAAAGUAAGGAUAAAAAGAGGCGGAGUAACCACACGGUACUGGAAAGGCAGAGACGCUGUGAGCAGCGCGUCCUGUUCGAGAAACUGUCGGCCAUCGUCAAGUGCGACCCCAGGGUCCCCAGACUCCGCCUCCUCUCACUGGCCCAAAGAGAGAUCAGACAUCUGGUUGAGGAGUCUAAAAGUCUGCAGGAGAGGAAGAGGAUGCUGAGUCGGAUGCAGAAUCUUUAUAUAAAGGAACUUUCUGUGUUGUCUGGGAAGUCGGACCUGCAGAUCAAACAAAAGCUGAAUGAGAUCUGCAAGAGGCAAAAAAUCAGAGAUAAGACGCGGGAAUGGCCUUACUUUUCCAAUCUUCUCCAGUCCAGAGCUGCCGAUCUGAGAACUUCUGCUCUAAACACGGAGCUUAAGCACAGGCGCCGGGUACACCCUGACUUCCAGAGGCUUCCCUCUCAGGCUAACCCGCUUCAGGUGGCAGCGCAAAGGAACAUGAUGUCCCUGCCUCAGCCCGACCUACAAAGCGAUCCUGCUCAACCCAGUGAACUGAAAACCAUACCUCGGGUACCCUCACUACAAGCCACUCCUCAGAAAACUGUGGACCCACUGCAGGUACUCGAGUCCCUGGCCCAGGUCUGUAACACUAAUAUCAAGUCAGAGUCCGAGUCCAAGUCCAAGUCCAAGUCCACACACGUGCCUACAUAUAGUCCUAAAGAAAAACCUGCAGAGCCUCUAAAGCCCCUUGCUCUACCUCUGAUUCGCUCCAAGACUGGCAGAAUAAUACUUCCCUCAUCUCUGAAACCACUUGGACAUGGCUUCUACACUCUCACAGUAAUGCAGCCCAGGGAGAAAGGAGAGGAGGAUGAAGUCAGCCCUUCAGCUGAUGUCCAACCAUCAGAGAACCAAGACAAGAGCAUGUCUGAUCAUGAGCUCACUCUAGACUUUGAAAACAGUUGUUUGUUUGAGGACGAGCAAACUGUACAACCCUCCAACUCUAAACCAAACUCUUCAGGUCUAAAGCCCCACCAGGUGGAGCUCGCCCUUUUUGACAAAUCAAUCUCUGUGCCUUCGGUGACUCCGAAUGCUGUGGUGAAAAGCCAGGAGGGGUGCCCAGCUACGGACAUGAACAAAUCGCUGCAGACUGCCUGUUUGAGUUUUCAGCCGGUAAAACCGAUUCCUGCCCCUGUCGUUCCUCCCGUAAUACGACGAGGUAGAGGCAGGCCUCGAAAGGACUCCCUUUCCCCUUACGGUGCUACUUUACAACAUGAGAGACUAAGUGAGAAAAUGACUGUGGCAUUGGGAGAAAUGCAAGCUUAUGACUCUCCAGGAGUUGUUAGUGACAACCCCGUUCUGUUGAAACGAGGCAGAGGAAGGCCUCCGAAGCACAAGACAACACAGCGAUUGAGUCCUCCUGGUCUGAAAGCAGGUGGAAGUCCAUCUAGUUCCAACAAGGACAGCCCCGUCAGAAAAACCGUCCUAGGUUUUAAAAGCCCAAAGGAAAGUCCUGCAACCACCACCGGGGACGGAGACGCCAGCGCAUAUCGGCCGCUAACCCGAGGCGCUUUAGGAAAAGACUUCCCGAGUGCCAAGAAACGCUCGUGGAUAGACGUAGAAAAGGAACUGGACCCUGAGCUUGAAUCCGAAUAGUCCUGUCUUGCUGUAGCUAUAAAAAAAAAGCCAAUGGUUUGACCUCAGUUAGUCACGUAGCUGGAUGCUGCUCUUUUUGUAUGUUGUCACAAAACUCAGAGGACUUUUUUACAUACUAUAGAGAGAAGUGUAUAUCGGUGCUUUGGUAUAAAGAAAUGAGAGGAAGCAUUAAUUGACCUGCUGAAUGUAUGAACCAAAUGAAGGGCACCUCCCAUAUUCAGUUUUGACAUUAUAUGAAGACGGAGUUCCAUCAACUACAUUCCUCUUUGUCAGAAACAGGAUUUAAUGAAAUGAUGUGCUUUUGAUGAAGUCAUUUAUUACUGAUCUGUUUUAUGCAAAUAACAAAAAUAAAUUAGCAGAUUACGUAAUUCCACAACGGUAUACCAUUCAGUGUAUGUUUAAUAUUUUUCCUAAAUAGGAUCAGACAAGACACUGCUUCAAUAAUUGUAAAAUGUAUGUGUUAAUUUAUGUUUUUCCACUUUUAAAGAGCUAAUUUGAUGCAUAUAUUCCUUAUACAAUUCCUGUUUUCCAUUAUUAACUGAAGGAAUAAUCUGUAGUAGCACUUUAUGUUGUUGGUAGAUACCACCCGUGUCUGAUGUAUUGCUGUAAUGUUCUGUAUUUUGGGUAGUUCACUCACUAAUAUGCAGAUAAAAUUGACAAGCAAUCAAGAGAAAAGCUAUUAGCCAUAUAUUGUAUCUAUGAAAAUAACCUCUGUAAAUAUUGCCUUUCUUUUUUAAUCACAUUUUUUUGACUUUGUUGAAUAUUUUGAAACACUGGUUGUCCUGUUUAACUUCAAUUGGAAUUGUGGAAAGUAAUGUGGCCUUUAAAAUAAAUAAAAAUGACAUGCAUUUA